AUGAGUAAGGAACUGUCCCUCAGCCAGUCAGCUCAGUAUGUUGGGCCCUACCGGCUGGAGAAGACCCUGGGCAAGGGACAGACAGGACUGGUCAAGUUGGGCAUCCACUGUAUUACAGGUCAGAAGGUCGCCAUCAAAAUUGUCAACAGAGAGAAGCUCUCCGAGUCUGUUUUGAUGAAGGUGGAGAGGGAGAUUGCCAUUCUGAAGCUGAUCGAGCAUCCUCACGUGUUGAAGCUGCAUGAUGUUUAUGAGAAUAACAAAUAUCUAUACCUGGUGUUGGAGCAUGUGUCAGGGGGAGAGCUGUUUGACUACCUGGUGAAAAAAGGACGACUGACACCGAAAGAAGCUCGGAAAUUCUUCAGACAGAUCAUCUCCGCCCUGGACUUCUGCCACAGUCACUCCAUCUGUCACAGAGACCUGAAGCCGGAGAACCUGCUCCUGGAUGAGAAGAACAACAUCCGGAUUGCUGAUUUUGGCAUGGCCUCCCUCCAGGUGGGGGACAGUCUGCUGGAGACAAGCUGUGGAUCGCCACACUACGCCUGUCCGGAGGUCAUACGGGGGGAAAAAUAUGAUGGUCGGAGAGCGGAUGUGUGGAGCUGUGGGGUCAUCCUGUUUGCCCUGCUGGUGGGCGCUCUUCCCUUUGACCACGAUAACCUGCGUCAGCUCCUGGAGAAGGUGAAGAGUGGCGUGUUCCACAUGCCCCAUUUCAUCCCGCCGGACUGCCAGGCCCUGCUCAAGGGCAUGAUAGAGGUUAACCCCGAUAAGAGGCUCACGCUCGAGGCAAUACAGAAACACGCCUGGUAUCAGGGUGGUCGUAAUGAGCCGUGCCCAGAGCAGCCUCCUCCCAGGCGGGUGUGUGUGGGGCCGAUCCUCUCCCUGACAGAGCUGGACCCCGAUGUUCUGGACAGCAUGCACUCCCUGGGCUGCUUCAGAGACCGAGUCAAACUCACCCGCGACCUGCAGUGUGAGGAGGACAACCAAGAGAAGAUGAUUUACUACCUGCUGCUGGACAGGAAGGAGCGAUACCCCAGUUAUGAGGACGAGGACCUGCCUCCACGUAAUGAUGUAGCUGACCCUCCUCGGAAGCGUGUAGACUCCCCCAUGCUGACGCGUCACGGUCGGUGUCGCCCUGAAAGGAAGAGCCUGGAGGUGCUGAGCGUCACGGAGCAGGGAUCGCCCACCCCGCCUCGCCGGGCUCUGGACACGGCCGCGCACAGCCAGAGGUCCCGCUCCGUCAGCGGAGCCUCCACUGGCCUCUCCUCCAGUCCGCUCAGCAGUCCCAGGUCCUAUCAGAGCCCCGUCUUCACUUUCAGCCAAUCAGACGUCACCUCCGCCACUUCCCUCACAAAGGAGCACAAACCAGGAAGUGCCACCACCCCCCGCCCGGUCCGGGCCCACGAAAAACCCAGAGUCCCCCACUCCCCCAAGACCCAGACCCUGCCCAUCAAGACCCCUGGGGAGCGAUCCCCGCUUCAGCCCAUCAAGUCCCUCCCCCUGCACAACCCCUCCUCUCGCUCCCCCUCCCCUUCUCCCCUCCUGUCCCCCAUCCCUCGCUUCUUCUACUUCCCCUCCUCCUCAUCCGUCCUCAGGUCGGUGACUAAGAGCUUCUACCAAAACUCUGUGUCGCAGGUCACCCCCCAGGGCUCUCCGCUGCCCACCCCACUGGGCACCCCCGUCCACCACCCGCACCACCCCUCCUCAACCCCGCCCUCCUCCUCUUCCUCUUCGUCCUCCUCGCGGGCCGAGGGCGGGGGAGGGGUGGGCUCGCUGUCCCUCACUCCACCAUCCAGCCCCGGAGGGGGCAGCGGCAUGGCGGCUAGCAGCUCUGCCCACUGGAGGACCCGCCUCAACUCCUUCAAGAACAACCUGCUGGGCUCGCCCCGGUUCCACCGACGCAAGCUACAGGUUCCUACGUCAGAAGACAUGUCCAGCCUAACACCGGAGUCCAGCCCCGAGCUGGCUAAGAGGUCUUGGUUUGGGAACUUCAUCAGCCUGGAGAAGGAGGAGCAGAUCUUUGUGGUGAUCAGAGACAAACCUUUGAGUUCAGUCAAAGCUGACAUCGUACACGCCUUCCUGUCUAUCCCCUCGCUCAGUCACAGCGUCCUGUCCCAGACCAGCUUCCGGGCCGAGUACCGCACCUCGGGCGGGCCUUCCGUCUUCCAGAAGCCUGUCCGCUUUCAGGUGGACAUCGCCUUCUUCGAGGGCGAGCGGGAGAGAGAGAGGGCCGAGCGGGAGGGCAGGAGAGAGACGGGGAUCUACAGCGUGACCUUCACCCUCAUAUCAGGUCCGAGUCGCAGGUUCAAGCGAGUGGUGGAGACAAUUCAAGCUCAACUCCUCAGCUCCCAUGAUCCCCUUCUACAAACUGCCGCUGAUCCCUUCCCAGACGAGAAGAACGGCCGGCCCCACGGCACCCCCACCCGGCAGAACUCCCGCCGCUCCGAGGGUGGGGGUGACAGGUGCGAGUGGGGCGACCGAGGUGACGGCGGGGGCAUCGGAGGCAGCGGGGGGGUCCUCCAGCGCAGAGGCUCGGCAAAGGAGAGAACCAGACUUCUGUCGUCCAACGGUACCCAGUCCCAACCCUAG